CGGAGCGACGGAGCGACGGACGGACGGGCCCCUGGACAAGCCAUCAAAGAGCAAUUCGAUACAAUGACACCAGUUGGGCAGUUCCAUUUAGGCUUCGACAGAGCGUGUGUCCCGUCCCCCGUCUAGAGGCUUAGGGGAUGUCCACAAGAGCUACGAGCUACGAGAGUAACAACUCCAGGAGCAGCAGCAGCAGUAUAAGCAGAAGCAGAUCUAUGGCUGUCAACUUGCAGCUGAAUAAUUUAAGCGCCAUUUAUCCGUCGCUCAUGUAUGUGGCUGCCUCUUCCCUAGGACUGGGCAUGGGGCUGGGCCUUCAAGAGAACAUUUCCAUCGUUUACGAGGACCUGCUUAGCACAGCGAAAGGGAAUGGCACCGCAGGCAUGGCAGCGGGCACAGGAGCGGGAGCUGGAACAGGAACUGUCCCGGGAUUGAAUGUCGUCCUGCCGCAGAGUGCCGCAAAUGAGACCUCUAAUGAGGGCGAUGGGGUGGUGGCAUUUACCGAGUCGGGCCCCACCGCAGCCGUGACCACAUUCAAUUACUACAACGAGUCAGCGGCGGCCGCCGAGUGGGCGCACUUCUAUGAUCUCGUCCUGUCCUGGCAGGGCAUCUGCCUGAUUGCAGUCUUUGCAACAUUCAUCGUGGUAACCGUCAUCGGCAACACUCUGGUCAUAUUGGCCAUAUUGACAACUCGUCGCCUGCGCACCAUCACCAAUUGCUUCGUGAUGAGUCUGGCCGUGGCCGACCUCCUUGUGGGCAUCUUCGUGAUGCCACCCGCCGUGGCAGUCCAUCUCACCGGCUCAUGGCAACUCGGGUGGGUGCUGUGCGACAUUUGGAUUUCCCUGGACGUGCUUCUCUGCACUGCCUCCAUCCUCAGUCUGUGCGCCAUCAGCGUGGACAGAUAUUUGGCCGUCACCAGGCCGCUCACGUAUUCGCGGAAACGGCGCUCGAAACGAUUGGCCCUCAUAAUGAUCCUAAUCGUCUGGCUGCUGGCCCUGGCUAUCACCUGUCCCCCCAUCCUUGGAUGGUACGAGCCGGGGCGGCGAGACCUCCGGGAGUGCCGCUACAACCAAAACGAGGGCUACGUCAUCUUCUCGGCGAUGGGAUCCUUCUUCAUACCGAUGGCAGUUAUGAUUUAUGUGUAUGCAAGAAUUUCCUGUGUCAUUGCAUCGAGGCACGACAAUAUGACCGACAUAAGUGUUCACAACAAGAAAUUCAAGCGCUACACGGCAGCGGAUGUGGAGAACGAGCUGUCAGAGCAGGAGCACAGCUCGGCGGGCCAUCGGCAGCGGCAGGCGACGUCCCGCACCUUCUCCAACCAGACAAUUGCCAAGGAGCUGCACGAGAUGAUGCUAGGCGACAGCGAGCAGCCUGGCGUGGCCCCAGCAGGAGCAGGAGUAGGAGCAGGAACUGGCGUAGCAGCAGGAUCUGUGGCUGGAGGUAUUCACUGCCAGUCGUUGCUCGCACUGCCCUCCGGUGGUGGAGGUGCUGCAUCCAGUGGGGUGAAGAAUGGAUGCUACGAGCUGACACGGCCCUCGUCCCUGAAGCGCACAUCGACCGCAUCGACAACCAUCACCACAAUGACAAGUGGCAUCGGGCCGGGCAGCGGCCUCCUGGACACACAAUGGCAGGCGCAGGCUCCAUCCCAAUCCCAGCCGCAGGCUAGAGCCCACAGCUUUCGUCACUCGCACCUGGGCUUGGGCACACAGGAGAGGGAGCGAGAUCGACUGCGUGGCCACCAUCACCACCAUCACCACCAGCUACACCAGCAUCAACAUCACCAGGGCCCGGGUGUGACCACAACAAUCCCAGCCAACCCGAAUCCCAGCAGCAGCAGCACCAUCACCAACAGCAAAUCCCUGUCGAAUCGCAUUACGUCGCUGAAGAAGGAGACCAAGACGACGCAGACCCUAAGCAUCGUGGUGGGUGGAUUCAUAGCCUGCUGGCUGCCGUUCUUCAUCAACUAUCUAAUCACUCCGUUUCUGGCGGAGCACCAGGCCAGCCAAAUGCUGGCCAAGGCCCUCACCUGGCUGGGAUGGUUCAACAGUGCCAUCAAUCCGUUCAUCUACGCCUUCUACAGCGUCGAUUUCCGCGCUGCCUUCUGGCGCCUCACCUGCAAGCGCUUCUUCAGCUCCGGCCAGAAGCCGCAGUUCCCCACCAACACGAUGUCCAUCAGGCGCUAGAGAGUCCCCAGUCCCAUAUACCUUGUCCCUUGACAACCCAUACUCAUGCCCUGAACAAAUUGCCACUGCACAACAUAUGAUUAACUUAUUCAUCAACUUUUAGGUGUGGUCCCUAAUUGCACCUUGAGCAAACCCUCAUCAUCUUUACCCCCCCGGAUGUGUAAUUGUUCUUCAGUUUGUUGUAUAAUUUAUUUGCAUUUCCCCUCGCCGUCAGGGUUCGUUUUCAUUCUAGAUCAUUCGACUGCAAAGCGUGGAUGCCACUGGAUUUGGCUCGGACUCGAAGGGAGGUCUUGGUGUCUAGGUUCCAAGGUCCCGAGGCAGGAAAUAUAUAUGUUGGCCUUUGUACGUUUCUACGGCCAGUUGUCUGUACAUACACGUUUAAAUAUGGUUCCACUGUUGCACAUGAUUUAAAGGCAUUUUUGCAGUCGCUUUCCCUACGAGAGGACGGUCGGAGACCCGGAUGAAAAUCUGAUACGUGGAAGCACGUAUCGAUUUAGUAAUUUCCGCAUGACUUUUCCGCUCCACGCUCCCUCAAACAUGCAACAACGUGGCAGUGGCAGUGUCUGGAGCCAACGGCAUAGACAGUUUAGAUGGAUGAGGAAACUUGGUUACAUGGUUCACCGAAAUUGCGCACACAUCUCUACUAUACGUAACAUUCCCACUCUAAUAUUCAGCUUUUCAGUCAGACUUGCUCUGAGGGCUGCGUGCGUGCGUGGAACGUGCCCUGGGGUGGGUCACCUUUUGGUGACCCCGACACCUGUCCGGACGAAUUGUGCAUUCUCUUUGCCAAGACAAGUGCGUGAUGUAUUUAUGAGGCAGCUCCACCCUAUCAGACUCGAAUUUAGUGCCAGAAUAUAUCAGAGAGACGACCUCUCUCUGUAUCUCUGUCAUAGCUGAUAUCGGUGCACCAUAAAUCCAAGAGAUAGUAGAAAGUACCCGUCCUGAUUUACAGUAGAGAGAGCAGUGGAGCAGUGGAGCAGAGUCCGGGCCGCAUUCAGUGGGCAUUCCAGUCGAGAAUUAGCUUUAAUCAGCCAGUUAAAAGAGAGUUACUGUGAUUUAGUUUAUAGUUGGAGUCAGUUAGAACUUCAAGAGUUUUUCCUUAGCCUUAAAGUGAGUGUGUUUGUGUGUGUUCAUGCAUGUAUGAGGGAUGUGUGUGAGUGUGUGUAUGUAUGAGAGAAUACUAUAUAAUUUAGGCAUAAUUUAUUCAGGCCAUCAACCCACAGCUUAGCCAACCGUAGAGCCAAGCACAAGUAGCACAAUUUAAAGUGUUUUACCAAGCAAUCUACCUUUAACACCGUCCUCCUCACUUCCAUUUUCAUUUACAUUCCCAUUCCCAUUCCCAUCUCCAUCGUCCCUCACUCACUCGCUUGGUGUGAACUCAUAAACGUAAUCAGGCAAUGCUACGACGUAGAGAUUAAGUCAGAAAGAAGCCUCAUAAGCAUAUACACGUAGCAGCAUAUCAUUUCUCAACUCUUCCCUUGUCAAUACCAUCAUCGCCCCCGCCUCAAUCCUCAAUCAAAAUUCUGAAUCCCAAAUUUCAGCUUCCAUGUCAGGCCUAACCGUGAGAGGAUGAGAGACUCCGUAUGAAAGAAUUUUUAAACUUUUGACUAAAGCAAACACAGGAGCAACACCAUCCGCCAUUCGCUAUUCGCCAUUCGCCAUAUGCAAUCUCUCAUCUGCUGGGUGUACGAGUACGAGUAAUAUCAUAUACAUAAUCCGCAUAAUCUGCAUAUAUAUUAAUAGUUACAUAUGUGUACACAACAUCAUUUUUUUGUGAAACGAAACAACCAAAUAAAUAGACAAAUCGAAAAGACAACUCUC